GGUCGUUUGUCUCAUACUUAUCCUUCCUCUUCUACUACUACCUUACUUCUAUUUGCAAUCUUGAUCAAUUACACUUGGCUAUAGAUCGAUCUACAUUCAUCUAUCAAGCCUAACCACACUCUUUAUUUAUUUAUCUCACUUCAAUUCUCAAUCUAUUCCCCUUUCCACAUACCCACACAUCAUCAUCAUCACAAUGGCCCGUCUCAGUCUUUCCAUCUUCGUCCUCUGCCUUUUCCUGGCCCUCAUGGUCUCGGCCAUGCCCGUCAAGCGGGAGGACUCUAACGGCAACGAGCUAGAUGGUACUCUCGCCGAACAGGUCGCCGAACAAUCCCUUAAGUCCGCUAGCGAGAUGCUCGACCAAAUAGCCGGCAAGGACGACGACGAUGACAAGAAGAAGCCCACCCCCAGCGGUACCACCGACAACAAGCCCUCUCCCACUGGCACCAAGCACGCAACCGAGUCCCAGACUGCCCCUAAGACCGAGGAUAAGGUGGCAAACACUGAGCCCUCUUCCACCACCCCUACCUCUACUGAGGAGACACCCUCUACCUCUAGCUCUGCUCCCGCGACCGCCUCCUCGCACGUCGUGAAUGACAACCCGCUCUCGAAGAUCCCUCUCGUGGGUGAAUUGUUGAGCGGUGGUGGGUCUGGCUCUCUUACUGGAGGACUGUUGGGUUAAGUCAUCUAUCCUUCCCUUUUAAGGAUGGGAGAGUAGUGUGUCAUCAUUGUCGCUGUCGCUUUCAUGUAUGUUUCUUUUCUACGUGCAUGCAUGCGUAUUGGCAGUUUGAUAUUUGG